CGUGACGUAACCGGUGCCAAAGCUGACUUGCCCAUAUUUAGCAAGCUCGACGCGGAGAGAUCCCCAGCCAGACAGCUUCACAUUUCAUCUGUCAUCCUCGGGAAAAAUCUCAACUCUUUCGGCGUACACCGAGGACUUGACAGCUGGGUUUUAUUUUAUUUUAUUUUUAUUUUUUUCAGUUUUGGCCAACCGGGCUGUCGAAGACGAUCAAGCGGGCAAAAGUGCCUGUUUUGCUGGGUUUUUUUUCGCCCCUUACUUCCCUCCCUAGUAUAAAAGUAACCGUCACAAUUCCACCUCGUCGCCAGCGAGCUAACCGGCUAAUGUUAGCACGUUCGCCCGAGGUAUAAUUACGAGUGACACGGUUUUAAAUCCACUACAAAGGUGCCUCCUCGGCUUCUGAGCAUUCUUUAAACCCGCUGCGAUGACUUCCUGACCGCAGAUAUACUUUUUAAUGCCCCCCUCCCCUAACAAAUAGGGCUUCGCGAGCGAGCUAGCUAAACCGAAAGGCGCCGCGCUAACAGCGGGAUUGGACACGUUCCCAACGGCGAGGAGGUGGUGGAGGGGCGGCCUUAGGCUUGACAGCUUCCCCCAGGCAAGGCGGGCUAGAAGAGGCCCGGACUCCGCCAUUCUGCGGGGGCACAGGCGUCGCUGAGCCGCGGGGAGACACCGGCUUGAAGGGAGGAGAAGCCGGAGGAGCGAGGAAGCAAGGAGGAAUCGCGCAGGGUUUUUUUUUUCAUUUGUUUGCUUUUGUCAAGUGGGAUCCGGGAAGUAAACCGGGCAGUGACCUCAUGAAUGGAAAUCGGAACCACAGGAGCCGUUGGGGCCCAGUCCCUGUUCGCCAUGCCUCGGCGGCCCGGCUACGGCACCAUGGGCAAGCCCAUCAAGCUGCUGGCCAACUGCUUCCAGGUGGAGAUCCCCAAGAUGGACGUCUACCUUUACGAGGUGGACAUCAAGCCUGACAAGUGCCCGCGGCGAGUCAACAGGGAGGUGGUUGACUCCAUGGUGCAGCACUUCAAGGUGACCAUCUUUGGGGAUCGCAGGCCGGUCUACGAUGGCAAGAGGAGCUUGUACACGGCCAACCCGCUGCCCGUGGCGCCCACAGGGGUGGACCUGGACGUCACGCUGCCGGGCGAGGGGGGCAAAGAUCGUCCCUUCAAGGUCUCCAUCAAGUUUGUGUCUCUGGUGAGCUGGCACAUGCUGCACGAGGUGCUGACGGGUCGCAGCAUGCCUGAGCCACUGGAGCUGGACAAGCCCAUUAGCACCAACCCCGUGCACGCCGUGGACGUGGUGCUCAGACACCUGCCGUCCAUGAAGUAUACGCCGGUGGGCCGCUCUUUCUUCUCGGCUCCAGAGGGCUAUGAUCAUCCUCUGGGCGGAGGCCGGGAGGUGUGGUUCGGCUUCCACCAGUCAGUGCGGCCCGCCAUGUGGAAGAUGAUGCUCAACAUCGACGUGUCUGCCACCGCCUUCUACAAGGCCCAGCCGGUUAUCCAGUUCAUGUGCGAAGUGCUGGACAUCCACAACAUAGACGAGCAGCCCCGCCCUCUCACUGACUCGCACCGGGUCAAAUUCACCAAAGAAAUCAAAGGUUUGAAGGUUGAAGUGACGCACUGCGGAACCAUGCGAAGGAAGUACCGCGUAUGCAACGUGACCCGCCGGCCGGCCAGCCAUCAAACGUUCCCCCUCCAACUGGAGAACGGUCAGACGGUGGAGCGCACGGUAGCCCAGUACUUCAGGGAGAAGUACAGCCUGCAGCUCAAGUACCCCCACCUGCCUUGUCUGCAGGUUGGCCAGGAGCAAAAGCAUACCUACUUACCCCUGGAGGUGUGCAACAUCGUAGCCGGACAGCGAUGUAUCAAGAAACUGACAGAUAACCAGACUUCCACCAUGAUCAAGGCCACGGCUCGCUCUGCGCCUGACAGACAAGAAGAGAUCAGCAGGCUGGUACGCAGCGCCAACUAUGACGCCGACCCCUUUGUCCAGGAGUUUCAGUUCAAAGUGCGCGACGAGAUGGCCCAUGUGACGGGGCGAGUGCUACCCGCCCCCAUGCUGCAGUACGGCGGCAGGGUGAGCACAGAGCACUUUAUGAACCGCACAGUGGCCACGCCCAGUCACGGCGUGUGGGACAUGAGGGGCAAGCAGUUCCACACCGGCGUGGAAAUCAAGAUGUGGGCCAUCGCCUGCUUCGCCACGCAGCGCCAGUGUCGGGAAGACAUUCUCAAGGCCUUCACGGACCAGCUCCGCAAGAUCUCCAAGGACGCCGGCAUGCCCAUCCAGGGCCAGCCGUGCUUCUGCAAGUACGCCCAGGGAGCGGACAGCGUGGAGCCCAUGUUCAGACACCUGAAGAACACCUACGCCGGAUUACAGCUCAUCAUCGUCAUCCUGCCCGGCAAAACCCCUGUCUACGCUGAGGUCAAGCGCGUGGGAGACACCCUGCUGGGCAUGGCCACGCAGUGCGUCCAGGUGAAGAACGUGGUGAAGACGUCCCCUCAGACCCUCUCCAACCUUUGCCUCAAGAUCAACGUCAAGCUGGGGGGCAUCAACAACAUCCUGGUGCCGCACCAAAGGCCGUCAGUGUUUCAGCAGCCGGUCAUCUUCUUGGGUGCUGAUGUGACGCAUCCGCCUGCCGGAGAUGGCAAGAAGCCCUCGAUUGCAGCAGUAGUGGGCAGCAUGGACGCCCACCCCAGCCGCUACUGUGCCACCGUGCGGGUGCAGAGGCCCAGGCAGGAGGUGAUCCAAGAUCUGGCUUCCAUGGUGCGCGAGCUGCUCAUCCAGUUCUACAAGUCCACACGUUACAAGCCCACCCGCAUCAUCUUCUACAGGGAUGGAGUGUCCGAAGGCCAGUUCAGACAGGUGCUGUAUUACGAGCUGCUGGCCAUCCGCGAGGCCUGCAUCAGCCUGGAGAAGGAGUACCAGCCCGGCAUCACCUACAUCGUGGUGCAAAAACGCCACCACACCCGCCUCUUCUGCGCCGACCGCAACGAGCGAGUCGGACGCAGCGGAAACAUUCCUGCCGGUACAACGGUGGACACGGACAUCACGCAUCCUUAUGAAUUUGACUUUUACCUCUGCAGUCACGCUGGAAUACAGGGCACCAGCCGACCCUCCCACUACCACGUGCUGUGGGACGACAACUGUUUCACGGCCGACGAGUUCCAGCUGCUUACCUACCAGUUGUGCCACACCUACGUGCGCUGUACCCGUUCAGUGUCCAUCCCGGCGCCCGCAUACUACGCCCACCUGGUGGCCUUCCGCGCCCGCUACCAUCUGGUCGACAAAGAGCACGACAGCGCCGAGGGCAGCCACGUGUCAGGUCAGAGUAACGGCCGAGACCCGCAGGCCCUGGCCAAGGCGGUCCAGAUCCACCACGACACCCUACGGACCAUGUACUUUGCCUGAGCUGCAGCCCACCGCCAUUUCCAUCAUUUCCAUCGUCCGCACAUGACCACCCAACACACACACACACAGCCAUGCAUGGAUGGCUUGCCAGUCAGAAAGCCCUCUCGCUCACACACACUCACACACACUCACACUCGCCUAGUGAAUCCGGACCAACACUGUGCAGAGGGAAACAGGGAAAAGGAGGAGGCGGCAAUCCCACACUGGAUCGAGGAGGCAAAAAUGCUGCUUUUAACCAGGAACAACAAGACGAAACAAAACUCAGCACUAAUAUGCAAUAGAAACCAGCCAACGUUUCCCCCCCCCCCCCCCCCUUUUACGCUGUCGUCCCUCAUCCCCUGUUUACAUCCCCUGCCCAACUGCUCCCAGGCACCUCAAAACCAUUCAGAAGCAGCAGCACUUUUACUCGUUUUUUUCUUCUCUUUUUGUGUGUGUGUGUGUGUGUGUGUGUGUGUGUGUUUUGAAGCAAUCGAGGGAGCAGCCGGGAAGACAGUCGGAUUCUGAUUUGAUUAUUUUCCCCCUUCCCUCCCGCUCAUGAAAUGAGCAGUUCCUUGAGCACACUGCCACCAGCUGGCGACCAGAUGCUGAUGAUUUUUUUAUUUUAUUUUUUUAAUGUCAGUAUACACAAAUUGUCGGACAUCUUCCACUAGACAUAGUUUCUUUGUUUUGUCUUGUCUACAAAAAUGACUUCCAGACCGUUUUUUUUUAAAAGUCACAUUUAUUUGUGCAAUCGAUCGUGCAGUUGGUGCAAUUGAUCCAUAACAAAACAAAAAACAGGAGCCAGGGUUUCAUUUUAAAUUGGGUCGUUCUGACCGCCAUCAUAACGAGGAAUUACAUUUUUUUUAAAUGAUUUUGGCGCGCAACGUAACGGGAGAAUUGAAUUUGACAUCAUUUGUCCAUUUUAAACUUACAAGGAGGGUUAAAUUUGACCCACAGCAAAACUCGCAGAUGCUCUCACUAGUUUUCCUUCUCUAAAUACCUCUACCAUUGCCAUACCUGGAUUUUAAAAUCGGAUUUGAAGUAUAACUUUUGUCUUUUUAUAACCUGACGUCACCCCCGCCCCUCCCUUUUUUUUUUUUCUUCAUCAUGUGAAGCUUUGACCUUUCCUUUGACCUUGUUGGGUCCAUUUUGUUUCUCUGGUAGUGCUUUGUUAUGUGUGGAAGGGAAGAGGAAAAUAAUGGGCACGUUUGGCGAGACGGUUGCAGACUGUUAGGCACCUUGGACAUUUUUGUUGUUUGUUUUGGGUGUGCAACGUGCAGUUUUGACAACAUUUCUUAAGCUUACUUGAAGGAUUUAUAAGCGCGCGUCGUUUUGGAUUUCCCGAUGAACGAGUUAUUUUGGACCCGAUUGCACCAACGUCCAUUAAAGGGAGGGCGGGAGUAUUUUAAGUGCCUGGUAAAGGGUGAAGCGGCUCAUGCCGAACGGGCCGAGUGACUGAACCGACAAAACGUUUCACCCGAUGCCUAGCGGUCUUUUCAACUCAUCGACUUUACUAAGAUAAGAUAAGAUAUCCUUUAUUUGUCCCACAAUGGGGAAAUUUACAACACUACACGACUCGAUCGGAAAAUCAUUGUGAUUGCGCGUGCGCUGUGUAGUUGCUCAUGUCGCGCAGUGUUAGCUGGUGCAUCUGCUUGGACACGGCAGUCUGAUCGUCUUAUUAUUUCAUACUCGGCAAGGUUUCGAUUUGCUCGACAAGUUAUGAACAAAAACAAAUGACCGCGCAGUCAAAUGGAGACCACCUCUUUUGCAGUUUAUCCUGUCAAAUACAUAUCUGUCGAGACUCCUUUUUGCGCUGCUGAUGGUCUGAAGCUUUUUUUGUUUUUUAUUUGUGGGGGUGGGACUACUGGCGGGUGGCUUAUGUUUCCCCCCGACAAAGUUAACUGCGCUAAAAGAAGCGCGUGUUCAGCUUUGCGAACACGGCCAUGGUGCUAAAAGCGAUGGAGAAUCUGAGGCUGUACUGAAAACAAGACAAAUUGGACAGGUGAAGAAAGUCCAAAACGAUCGGCGCAUUCCCACCAGACAGGCACCACCUCACCACUAAUUGGGGGUGGACAUUAGCCAAACGGGUGUUGCACUAGCCCAGUGGUCUGAAGGGAAGACCAUGGAUACUUUGAUGUCUUGCUGCUCGUGGUGAAGCCUCCUCCGAGUAGGGCUGGGCUAACGUGGCUGCGGGAGUCUAGUUCUGGUUGUUGUGGGACGGCCUCGCUGGCCCCCGGCGAUUGCGGUGAAGCCUCCGAGACUUUGGUGCCUGUGGGAUUUGCCCCGCUUAGUCGUUGAGUGGCCCCAAUACCCUGGCGGAGAUCAUGCACGUUGACUGGCAUGAUCGAAAAAUUAUGUGGUGGGCCCGAUCUGGCCCCCGGUCCUUGACUUUGACGCCCGUGGACUACAGUGACAGUCCCCUCUCCCGGAGUGGUUGUGGGUCGUGGGUCAGUCCCGACUUCCUUGGUAAGCCUGGGAAGUUCUCGGGAUGAAUCCCACUUCACUGAGGAUUGUGGAUUCCCCCCCCCCCCACUAUCCCUCCCUCACCCGGGGGCGCCCAUGGGGAUUCUGGUAUUGGGGACGCUUCCUGAAUCUCUGGUCAGCCCUACUGGGUGUGGGAUGGCCCCCCCGGCUACACUGGUGCACGUGGAGGGGAAUCUUGGAAAAAAGCCGUUGAUGGACGGUUGCAUCGGACUACCUUCAAGGUGGUGUGGAAACUUGCCGAGGACUGAGCCUGUCUUGGAAAAAAAAGCCUUUAAAAAAAAAAAACGUAUCGAAAGUAUAUUUGUUCAUUGGAAGGAUGAAAUGCACAGCAAUUAUUUUUGCUAAGAGAGUAAAAAAAGAUGUAGUCUAAAUAUUCUUCGAGACAAGUGUAUCGUAUGUUCUGGUCAAACAAAACAAAAGUGCAUUUUUCUGCUAGUUGUUAUAUUGCAAUGGUGACGUGUAAGACGUGCAUCCCUGUAAAUCGUGUCGUGCGCCAAGCGCACGAAAGGCGUUGAGCAGCGUGACUGCCAUACUGUUAGCGAUCUGGCGGCGGCCGUCCACGCGCCCACUGGACAUCGGAUGCCACGUGAAUUCAAAGAGUGAAAAAAAUGUAUUAGAACGCUCCUGAAUGUGCUUUUUCUUUUUCUUUUUCUUUCCUCCCUCCACCCUGGUGCUGACGAUUCCAUUUGGAAGGAGUGUUGGGAAAACUUAAGCGGGUCUUUUCUUUUUUUAACACUUUUGCAAUCUGGCAACUGUAGCGGAAUAUCCGGCUGAGCUUUUCUUUAGCGGGAAAACUCUGGGUGGGCCCCCCCCCCCGCGACAAUCACCCUCGAUCUUCUUGCUUUUCACGCCAACGCUCGGUGGAUGAUGGACAGUCACCCUUGCUUUAGUGGUGACAAAAGAGCCCCCCACCACUCUUUUGACGAGGGUCAAGCAGGUACUCUGGUGAGUGUGGCUGGCUCCUCAUUCCUCCGGUGGGCAAUCUGCCCCCCCCCCCAACCUGUUGAAUCGGCCCCUGCGUCCUUGGUGUGUGAGGGUUUGCCCUACUAGCCCUGCGGGUGUGGGACUGCCCCCAUGAUGACCCUGGUGAGUGGGGAGGGAAAGGCCUGCUACCCACAUGGGUAUCGCACGGACCCCCCGCACUGUAGUAAGAGUGGGAUGGUUCCCACUAGCUUUUUUUUUCUUUUUGGCCCCUCCCCUGCCAUCCAGUGCUAAUGCCUGCUGCACGACUGGCAAGUGAUCCAUUUUAAAGGACCCCCCCCCCCCAUCCCCCCGCAGUUCAAUCUCCACCCUGACCCCAGAGAACUCGUUUCUUUGCCAUGAAGGUCUUCUUACACCCCCCACCCCCCAAAAAGGUGUUUUGCUGCUGAGGUGUUUGCGAUUGGCAUUCAACGAUUCUUUGUGAGAGGCUGGAAGGUGAAGUGGUGCUUAGUGGGGGCCCCCGACACGCUUUUCCAAGGCCUCGCCAUGAGCUGCAAAACCAUCGCUUGCCUGUGAAUGAGCCCACAUCCAAAAGAAGCCUUGCCGCUUGGGGGGAGGGGGGGGGGGGGAACCUCUCGUGUCCCUUUAAAGUGGAAGCUGCUAUUCCACAGCGAGUAAGGGUCCACCCAGGAAGUGCCUUUCCUCUCGACUACCCAGCCCCCGCCUUCUUUCUUCUUCUCCAUCGAGACUCGUGUCUCAGAGCUCGGAUGUGGUCCUCGGUAGAACCCGCCAAUGUGGACCACGGCGCUUGAGAGAGCGCCAUUUCAACUCUUGGAAGUUCAGUCCCUCGCAUCUCAAGAUGGGGGGGGGCUUUCAUCCAUGGCGUGGACAAUGGUGGCUGUCAUCUUUUAUUCAUCUUGAAGGGGCAUUAAGAAAAGCCAGACCAGCAUCAGUAUUGAAUGGUUCUCGGAGACGGAGCACUCGCGAGUGCAAUGUCGGGGAGGGGGGGGGGGGCUCAGUAGGGUGUCAUUUGAAAGGAUCUUCAAUCCAGGUGGGAUUGGGUGGAGGGGAAACUUUUGUGUUUUUUUUUUUUUUUAAGACGGUUCUCAGAAACACUGCACCUCACUUCCCUUGGUAUGCUGCAUCACGUUGGAGGUCGACACAAGAGAAGAACUGCAAACUGCUCAUGAUAUACAUGCUUGACUUAUGCCUGACAUUCUUAACUAUUUUAGAGUCCAAAUACAGAACUGUAAAAAAAAAAAACGUCUCAACUGUUUUUUUGUUGUUUUUUUUCUUUUGAGCCGACUUCUUCUUUUUGUCCUAUUUAAAUGUGUUUAUGAAAUAUAUACAUACAUACACGUAAGAAGCCUAUAUAUGUGGAGUAUUUUAUGGCGUAUUUAUUGCUUUUUUUUGUGUGUGUGGAAGGUGUUUAGAGCCUUAUUUUCGUACGCGCAAGCACAAUUUAUGCGAACGGGCUGAUUAUUAUUUUUAUUUUUUUUCCCCCUGCUUUCUUAAUCUAGAGGCGACUUCCUCUUUAGUUUGCCUCCAAACGCCAAUUGGAGCCGAGUCUUUGGGCUACAUCUGCCAUGUCAAUUCCAUUGGCUGGAUUUACACUACUUGGAAAAAGGUGCUGGGGGGUUUUGGGCUUUUGGCUGAAAUCUCAAGAGAACCAGAAAUGUGCUUGAGACAUAAAAAAACAAAAACAAAGAUCAUGUAGUGCAUUCAGGAGUUUAGGCAAGGUCCAAUUAAUACAUUGACCGAUAAAGCUCAGUGGCCCUUUUAGGUUCAUCUUGAAAUUUCACCCAACAGCCCUUUUUGUGACGAAUGGAUCAACGAAAGCUAUCGUCUCGAGUUCAUGUGCCACAGGAGGGCGGGCGAGAGAGAGAGAGAAAAAAAAAAAGAGCCUUAAUUGUGUCCUAAGCCUGCGUACUUGAAACCGAUUGUACGUUUUUGUCUCUUCUCGUUCCAAAACCACUAAAAAUCGCUCCGCUCAAGUCUCUCUGUUCGGGACGGUCCGCGUUUUUCUCAGCCUGCUUCCUGUCCCGUCUGGUUACGCGGGUGUCGAUGAUAUCGCGACGACAAAAUCCGAUCCAAUCCCGAUCAGAAGGCUAGUUAGCGAGACCUGUGCCUGAAUGGUUUCUUCUUUUCGACACUCGGGUAAACAAGAUUGUACCCCCCCCCUGGAAGCAAACAAAAAAAAACCUGUAAGCUCCCUUUCUUACUUAAUCUCGUUAAAUGUUCUUUCACCCCCCUGUCAGCAUUCCAGUACUGAGGUUGAACCAAAUAUUGCGAAAGAGAUUAGACGUUUUGAUUGCUCGUCCAUGGCCAAGGAAACAUUUCAUUUAAUACCUUUUUUUUGGGGGGGGGGGUGUCUCAACGUGGCAAAUGAUUGUGUCAGUCACACCUGCGCGACGCUGCCUACGGGAUUUGCAUUUGUCGCAAUUGUACCGACUGCUUGAAUUUGUUUCUCUUUGUAAUUUCUUCCUUUAAGUCGUAGGUGUCAAAGUCGGGGUCCUGGAGGGCCCGCUGUCCUGCAUGUUUUCCAAAGUCUGCCCGUUGCAACACACCUGCUUCAAGGUCAGGCUUGCGCGGGUUGCAACAUGCAAGACGGCGGCCCACCAGGACCUGACUCGGACACCCCUGCUUUAAGUUGUUGGCCUUUUUUAAGUGUUGCUUUGCUUCUGUUUGAAGUGUACGUUUGACUAAUACUUGCAAUAAAAUGCUUUGCUUUA